GACAAGGAGUCAGUGUACAAUUCCUCCUGACAAGUUUUGUAUUCAGAUUUUGUGUGAACUUCAAGUGAGAGAUUGUGUGGAUCAUCUCCGAAUCCUACUGAUUGCCUUUCUCAAUGGCGGUGUUUACAGGUGUCCUCAGUGUUUUCAAUAGAGCCUCCCAGGUUCUUCUUAAGAAUGCUCCGUGUUCUGAAAUCUGCAACCCAUCACAGCAUCGUAUUAUGACUUCGAGUUGUGGGAUACGGAUGCCAACAAAAUGUCCGUCGUGUUGCAACAACAGACUCAGCAUUGAGAACAAGAUACUGAACGGGAACACACUACGCUGUGCCUACUAUUGUUGCGUUGCUACUGAAAUGAUGGACAGUUUCGAAGCGGAUGAUACAUGCACCGUCUGACUCCUACCACUGACAAUGGUUUAUCAGCCAGUGCAUGUAAGACAGUCCAUUUCCCAUUAGUCACCCUUUGCAUGUUGCGCAUUGGCACUUGCUGCCUGAUGCGGAUGGUGGCUAACAAUGUGCGCCCGGCCAUGAUCCUGACGAGGGCGGGACACUGGUUCACGAUAACGUCGCUGACGGGCGUCUUCACGACGACCACCAGGUUCCGGCUGAAUGACGAGAGGUACGCGCCCACGCACGACGGCCGCCGAGUCGCCCGCGUCUUCACGCUGGAGGGCAGCACACUCACCUGCGUCGAGAGGGGCCACAAACUCGUCACGACGGUGUUCCACUUCACGGCGGAAGAGCUCAAGAUGACUAUAAUGGUGGACGACGUUGUUUGCACGAGGAUAUUUGAAGCUAUACGCGGCAUGGAAUUGGAGGGCUUCAUGUCUGCUCCUCACCAAGCUCCGCAUAUCGGGAAGAAGUGAAUGGUGGCGCAGUUUCGAAGAGUUUGCUUAUGCAAGAAACUGCUUCUGGCAUUCAUUACUCUUAUUAACUUCGUAUUUAAAAAUGGUUUGUCGCAGCUUGUACGUAAAAGUGUGUGUUGAUAACUGUCUGUUCACCAUGAACCAAAGUCUCACACAAUUUUUCGUCUCAGGGUAAUUUUAAUUUUUAUAUCUUACGUAAUAAUUGUUUGUUUUGUAAUCUAUUUUGUUCCAAAUCUGCAGUGCAAUCUGCCUUGUC